GAGACGCACACCUCGCUCCUCUCUUCAAGCACCUAUGGGAGCGUCCUAGGGUUUGCAUUCCCAAUUCAUCCCCUCCUGAUUCCUUUGGCUGGUGGAGGGGCAAGGCCGGCGGCGACGUUCGAUCCUUCGCCCAAGUUGCUGGAGCUGAGCGGGCAGGGAGCGUGCCGCGCACCGUGAUGGGUGACCGUGGCGGGGGGAGAUCUGGCGGAUGGCGCGACAACACUGCGCGGGGUGGAUUCGGUGGCGGUCGCAAGGCUCCGCCGCCAAACCAAUCUCGUCAUAUGGUAUGGCAGCGGCCAGAUCCGCCACCGGCGACGUCGGGAGAUUCGAGAUCUGGUGGUGGCGAAGUUGCGGACAGAUGGGAAGCUGCUGCUCGGGCCAUGAGUGAUGCGAGCAAGGAGAAGAUGGCGGGCGCCAAGGAACCGCCUCCACCACCAACAUCUGGGCAUGUGGCGACCAAGGGCAACACCGAGCUCUGCAUCAAUUGCUCCCUCCCAGGUCAUUUCGCUCCUCGUUGCCCUACCAUUCGCUGCGAUAAGUGUAACAAACUAGGUCAUAUGGCUCAACUUUGCCAAGUUCUGAGGCCUUGGGAGUGUACCCCCUUCAUGUGUGGUUUUCAAUCUCCUGGUCAGGGUUUCUUUUAUAUACCUGAUAUGUGUGCAGCUAAGCAUAGUGUGGAAAACCCAAUAAUGUGGUGAUUACUGUAGUUGAAGGGGAUGCUACUGUUAAGGAUAUUGAGCAGGAAUUUAAUGCUAUAUUUGCCAAAAAACCUGGGAAAAGGAAAUGGCGUUGUACUGCCCGUUCUAUUGGCCCUGCUCAAUAUGUGAUGCGAUUUCCUAAUGCUAGUGAAGUUGAGAGAGCAUGCUGUUAUGGGAAACGCUUGCCGCUGAAAGAGGGGAAUAUUGUGGUAUGCAUUACUCCUUGGACCGCUUCGAUUGGAGCUAAAGGCAUGCUGGAAAAAGCGUGGGUUAGGGUUCGCAACAUUCCCAUAGAGAAAAGGUGCACUGAACAUGUGGCUUAUGCCGGGGCUCUAGUGGGGAUUACAUUAGAGGUGGAUGAAUCGACUGUGCAUAAACCAGAGUAUGCUAGAAUUCUUCUUGGCUGCAUAGAUGUUGAGAAAAUCCCUCCUUCAGCUGAAGGAGUGCUGGGAGAGCAAAUAUAUGAUUUCUUUUAUGAAGUUGAAAAAGUUGUGACUAUGGGUGCUGGGAAAAGUCAAGCCUAUACUGCUGUGGACAGCAGUGCAUCACCUUCUGUCCCCAAGAAAGCAAGGAUGGAUUCAUAUCCUGCUUCUUCAACGGGGCAGGGGGAGACUAGUGCUUCCCCCCCCCCCAGAACUAUGAUAAGGGAAUACAGAGGCUUCCUGCAGUAGUUGAGAGUGAAGAAGAGGAGGAUAGUGAGGAAGGUAACACCACAGAGCUUCUGAUUGAGACGAUGGCCAGAGAACAUGCAGCUGAAAAAAUAUCUUAUUGUGGCUCUCAAUCUGAUAAAAGUUCCUGUGACAAAAUGACUGAAGAUCUGGAUAGAGAUGAAAUAAAUGAAUAUCACAGCAAUGUGAACAGCAUACAUAAAGAUUAUGUGGUUUGGCCUUCUCUUCCACAUAUUGUACCUCUUGAGGAGGGAACUGUGGAAGGGGGAGAAAACUGUAGUGUUUAUACAGUUGAAUCUCCUUCUGGAUCACCAAUCCAUGACUGCAUGAGUGGUGAAAAGGAAGUUUCACACAGACAGAAGCAGAAGCUGGAGAGGGUGGAGAAUGUGGCGGCAAACAGAAUGAGGAAACGUAAUUUGGAAGGUCUGCUUAAGGGAGAAGAUAGGGAGAAGCUUCAGGCCGGAGUGAAGAGGCUAGCGCAUGCGGCUGCUGCUCUGGCGGACAGAUCGUUUCCUCGAGGCAGGCUCCUCUUAGGAGACAAUGAGGGGAUCCAGAUUGGAUGAUGAAGUUCUGCGUCUUUUGCUUAGUCAUCUCCCACUGGGGGUGGAUGCCCGCUGGGUCUUUUGUCUCCUAGUUAUUCUCCGUUUAGUUACAGUAAUGUUCCAGCUUGAAUUGUCCUGGGACUUUUUGGAUUCAUAGUUGAGCUGUGGAUGUUUGUGUCGUCAGGUUUUCGUCCCAUGGCGGAUGGUUCGUUCCAGAAUCAUCCUGCGGUGGGUUUUCUGACGAUGCGCCAACUCGCUCUCCCCUUUCGGUUUCAUCUGCGCUCUGGGCGUUUUGCUUCGUUAUGUUAGGUGUGGUGGUUGUACUGCUAGACAUAUUUGGCUACAAAAACUGCUGUAUUUUCGUUGAUUGAAAAACUAAUGGAAAGGGGUGAGAGCCCGGUUGGAAAAAUGAACAAGUUCUUAGUCCUUAGGGGGAAACAGUAUAUAUAAUCUUGUGCUUCUCGUGAUGAUUCCGGUAUAUAUAAUAGUUAGUGGAUUUUUCACUCAAGCUUGUUUCUCUCUUUUGCCACUUUGGUCUAGUUGGGCGCUGUAAAUGCAUGCGCUCGAGUGUUAGCAACAUUAGGAUGUCUUUUCUUACAUCAACAUUAGAGGCUCCAUAGCCCGUACUAGUUGGCACUUGGCCAUAUUCAUCUGCAUGAUGCAUACUUCCUGAGUACAACUUUUCUGAAAACACUUGCUGUCAAGUUAACUCUUGCUUAUUCAUAAUUUCA